CGCAAGGGCAGGUCCGUAUCGCUUCAUCUCCCAAAGCAGUGCGAUCCCACGCCAGUACCCCCAUCCCUAACAAACUCACCGCACCUCUCGUCGCCGUACAGCGUAUUUCGUCGGCAACCAGCUUUUCUGAAGACCCCCUCCCAAGAGGAUGACGAGUGGUUACGAGACAUGGUGCCCAUGAACAGCGAGCAAGGCGCUUUUGAAGAAAACCUUCUGAGCGCAUCGCAACCAGUCACGCCAGUCGUAGUAGCAGUCCAGAAGCAAUGGGAGACAUCACAGGAGGAGUCGUUC